UUCUGGCCAACCAACGAUAAUAAAUCGAGCAGCUCGUAUAGCAUGCUUACUUUGUUUAAAUUACACAUUUCUAGACUUAAUCACAGUUUUUUGGUGGAUUUAUGAAUUGCCCAAAUUAAAGGUGAAGUGCAUAGAAAUCAAUGUUCACAGAAACCGGAAAUCUUUCUCCAAGGCUAUUUGAAUAGUUUUUGUCGGUAGUGCGCAACUCAACUUCAAUAAUAAGAUUGUCUUAAAAUCUUAAACAGAGUAUUUUAACAUCUAGCUUCGGUUAUAGAAUAUGUAAAACUGUUGAAUUAAAAAAAUAUUGUUCAAAACUAUUCUUCAGAAAGGUCACUAAGUUAGUUUAUAUCUUUGGAAGUAAAAUUUUGUACAUGUGCUUCUUCACUUAGGGCAUAUACAAUAAUAAUUGCAAAAAUAUUUUUACUCAAAUAACACUCAGACGUACCUAAUACACAUAUGUGUAUGUUCGUGUUAUCAAAUAUGUUACACAAAGGACUGGUUAUUUUUGAACAAAAUGUAAGCUAGUUUCUACGACAGUUCAAAGUGGUCUUACACUUAUAUUACGUGUAACGAGGAAUUUUAUAUUUUCCAUUGUAUUUCGUCAUUAGACAAUCGAAUCUAAAAAAAUGAAAUAUCCGUUUUUGAGGCAGUUGUUCGUUGUAACUUCAGCGCAACUAGCUGUGGUUACAUGUGGAGGUGUGAUCGGGUUCCCGAGCAUCUUACUCCAACAAUUCAAACAAAGCGAUAGCCUCAUAAAAGUAGAUUUUCAUACGGAAUCAUGGAUAGCUGCAGUUCCAGGGAUGGCAGGAGUAGCUGGCAUAUUUAUACCGCACCUAAUGCAAAAGUACGGAAGAAAAUUUGGGUUUCGUUUGAUUUCCUUGCUCAUGAUAAUCGGUUGCGUCAUAAUAUACUUUGCAAAAAGUAGCUUAGUUAUUAUUAUCGGUGAGCUAUUUCAAGGUGUCGGAAGUAAGUCUAUGACAGUCAUAACGUUUACAACUCUGAGUGAAAUGACGAGUCCUAAAUUUCGAAAUAAAACUUUAGCUCUGUAUGGAAUCGCUCAAGUUAUUGGUAUCACACUAGUGCAUGUGUUAGGAUGGAUUUUUACAUAUAAGACAUUGUGCAUUUACUUAAGUGGACCCAUUUUAGUUGCAUAUUUAUUAAGUUUUAUUUGGCCUGAAUCACCUUUUUGGUUGGCCUACGUUGGCAAGUUUGAAGAAAGUAAAAAAUCUUUUAUUUGGCUUCGAGGAAAGGAUGAAGAAGCACAAAGAGAGAUGAACGAGCUUUUAAACAGUCAAAGGGUCUUUCUUUCCUCAAGAACAUCUGGCAAUCAAUCGAGAUAUUCUAAAAAAUCUAUCACUGACAUUUGGACAAAUGUGUUUCGACGAGAUUUUUACUUACCAACACUUCAUAUACUAAUACUUAUAUCCUGUUAUUAUUUUAGUGGUAACUUGACUGUAAUUGUGUAUGCUAUUAAUCUCAUAGAAAAAGUAACAAUAGAUGGGGACACGGCUUUUUUAGGUACUGUUUUUAUAGAUAUUUUUGUUAUCAUAGGAAACAUUGCAUGCCCGUUAUUUUUAAAAUACUUUGAUAACAAAUCAGUUCUGUUAGCAGGAGGUAUUGGUUCCUCAAUAUUUUUAGUAGGCUCCUCUACUGUUUCUUAUUUACAAACUUUAGGCGUUAUAUCAAAUGAUUCCUUACUAUGCUUAAUUUUUUUAACUUUUUGUAUGAUGUUUUCAAGUUUUGGAUUAUACUGUGUACCGUUUUGUUUAGCGACAGAAAUAAUUCCUUUAAGGCACAGGGGGUUUUUGAAUUCUUUGUAUAUUCUAUUCAUCUGUAUCUUUUACUUUACAACAAUAAAAAUUGCACCUUAUUUAAUACUGUACUUAUCUGUACACGGAUUACUUUUGACGUAUGCCAUUUUGCUAAGUAUUUCCUUGUUUCAUGUUUGGAAAUACGUACCAGAAACUAAUAAUAAGACAUUGCAAAGCAUAGAAUUAUAUUACAUUAAUAAAAAAGAAGCAAAUAAGAAUUAUGAAACGGAGAUAAUGGACACUAAAACAAUGUUACCUCUAACUAUCACUGGGAAAGAUGCUGAAGAAUAAACCGUACGAUUUUUAGUACAUAUAUUCUGAGGCAAAUAUUUAUUACACUAAAGGAUUACCAAGCUUAUUUAUUAUUGUAAAAAUGUAUUGCGAUAAUACUAGUGUCAUAUUAGGUAAUAAUAUUAUAAUGAUUAAAAAUAAAUUGUUAUAGAAUAAAUGUUUGAAGGGAAACGAUAUAUUUUAUUA